AUGGCAGGAGACAUAACGCCAACCCAAACGAUGCACGCAGUCCGACAGGCUACAACAUUUUCGACUGCUACAUCAUCCUUGAUUCCGACAGGAACUUUCAUGACCACAAAGCAAAUCACCGUUGGUGGGAUCACUAACGCUCAUGCCACUGUUCCUGCCCAGACCGUCGAUAUUGUCAUCCCAACCUGCAUACAGACCAUCACCCCGGACGCCAACGGGUAUGUGCCACCGGGCGAGUGCGGCGCACUCUGGGCAUACUACCCUUCAUUCAUUGCGGCGGUGAUCUUUGCGAUCUUGUUUGGAGUUUUGACCAUAACGCAUGUUUGGCAGGCGGUACAUUACAAAAAGGUCCGGGUUAACGCCUUCGCGUACGUUGUCCUUGGACGUAUGAUCAACUUAUUCUUACCUUCGCGCUCUCUGCUGCACAUUCCUGCCCCCAUAUUCGCGGCCGGCUUCGUCUUCCUUGAUAUCAUCUCGUUCAUUGUCCAGCUCGUGGGAGGAGUCACGGCCAGCCCAACUACGCCUCAAGAAGAGAAACUGAAAGCUAUACAUAUCUAUAUGGGUGGCAUCGGGAUGCAGCAGAUCUUCAUCGUCAUCUUCGUCGCCCUUACAAUCAAGUUUCAGUUGGAGGUGGCCAAGGUUAGUGAGAAGCUUGACCAUAAGCAAAGGAAGGGAAUAAAGUUGCUCCUUGUGGCGCUUUACGUAUCCUUGGGCAUGAUAACUGUUCGAAUCAUCUACCGCUUUGUCGAAUUCUCCUCGGGCAGUGUGGACAACGACUUGACCGCACAGGAAGCGUACUUCUAUGCCCUGGAGGCGGCACCAAUGGUGAUUGCCAUCGGUGUGUUUGGCGCCCACCAUCCGGGAUCUGUCAUUGAUGGGCCUGGGGCGGACAUGCCAGGGAUCUGGAGGAUGCUGAAGGAUAUGCGGAAAAGUUCAAGAAGGGGUGAGAAGCCAGGCAGCUGUGUUGAUGAAACAGAAUUGCCUCCGAGAUACGAGAGGUUGUGA